AUGUUCGUCACUGUGGUCGUGAAAGACACAGUUAUUUUACAACCACACCGAUUCGAUAAAGACAUCAUCACGGCUGUGGAAGAUGAGAUUCAUAUGAAAUAUUCGAAUAAGAUUCUUCCCGAUGUGGGAUUAUGCAUUUGUUUAUAUGAUUUUAUUUCAAUCGGAGAUCCACAUAUUUAUCCAAAUCAGCGUGGAAAUUGCUUUGUAGAAACUACAUUUCGAUUAAUCGUAUUUAAACCUUUCAUUGGAGAAAUUAUUACAGGAAGAAUUAUGGGCUCAGAUCCAGAACAAGGCUUGAAAAUUGCCAUCGGAUUUUUCAAUGACAUCUACAUUCCUCCUUAUUUAUUGGCUGAGCCUUCUAGAUUUGAUGAUGAAACGAAUCAAUGGCAAUGGGUCUAUGAGGAAAAUGCCCUUCCAUAUGCCUAUCCUCAAGAAAUUCGAUUCCGAGUCAAUUCCAUAACAUUUAACACAUCCCUAGAUUCAAAUCCUCCUCGUCAUGUAGAUGAGAGAAACAAACCUCCUCCAGCAACAACAGCUACAACGACCACAGGUGAAGAGGAGCCUCAACUACCAGAGGAAAAACCUCCAAUGAUUAUCAUUGGAAGAGUGAAUGAGCCUGGUCUUGGUUUAACAUCGUGGUGGGCAUCCAGCGAAACUGGAGAAGACGUCUCUGAGGAAACAACAACAUCUCAACAAAAAGAUGACACCAUUCUAGGAAGUAGUAGUAAUUUAACAUCAUCUGGAGCAACAAGUACGUCAUUGUUUUCCAAUAUUGACGAUCAAAUUUUGAAUACAGAAAUAUAG